ACAAGGAAACACUUCCAAGCAGUUGCAUAACUAUUUAAAUCUCUAAUCUUAUUGUAAACAUUACUUUGUUACCUCUCAAAAUGUCAGAUUCUACAACUACAACAGCCCAACUAUUUCAAGAACUAGGUGACUUCUAUUCUAGAAGAUUGCUACUAAAUACUCCAGUUUACGCCUCAGCGACUGCAGCAGCAGCCGCAGCUCCUGGACAUAGCCAGACCGUCGCAUCAGAAACUUACACCGUAAAAAACAGUUUCGACGCAAAUGUCGUGAUGGUCCUGUCAGUGCUUCUAUGUGCACUAAUAUGCUCACUGGGGAUUAAUUCCAUCAUUAGGUGUGCAUUAAGAUGCUCGAAUUUAGUAGCUUCACAGACUUCUGAUACAGCUUCCAUAGCUCGAUUAGCCAAUAAAGGCGUCAAACGAAAGGCGUUAAGGACUUUCCCGACCGUAAACUACUCACGGGACUUGAACCUGCCUGGAUUAGACACAGAGUGUGUGAUUUGUCUCGCGGAGUUUACAGUUGGUGAGCGCGUUCGGCUACUUCCUAAGUGCAACCAUGGAUUUCAUGUGAAAUGCAUUGAUAAAUGGCUCGGCUCACACUCGUCUUGCCCGACUUGUAGGCACAGCCUAAUUGAAACUUGUCAAAAGAUUGUUGGUUGCAGUCCAGCAGAACCUGUAGUACAAGAAAUUAGAGUAAAUAUUGCAGCAUUAGAACCUGAAGGAUUGGUGCGCAAUUAUAGGAGCUAAGUAUGUUAGUUUUUUCUUCUUCAAUAUAUUAGUUUAAGUUCAGCUUAGACUUUAAGAAAUGGCACAAAUAGGCCUUUUCUUUAGGAUAAUUAAUGCCUACAAAUUCACAAGAAAGCGUAGAAUGUAAAUUUGUACACACUUUCAAAUUUUAAUUUACUUCAUAUUCUCCGUA